AUGGCUCCAGCUGACUACUGUGAAACAGUGGAAAUUACAUGUGCUCAGGAAACUGAAUGUAUAUCAGAAAGUGAGCAAAGAAGUGAUCCAGCUUGGACCUUAGGAAGUCAGAGUAAAUCAGGUAGUAAGGAUACAGUGAGACAAAAUUCAGAUUGUCAGAAUUUGCCACAUUUAAGACAACUCAGAGGAAAACAUCCACAGUCUGAGUUAAAACUUGCAUAUUCAUCUGCACCACAAGGAAGUACAACUGAGGCAGUAGUGGAAAACUAUGUCAGAACAGAAAGAUCAAGAAGCAAGAGAAGGAGAAUUCACAGAGCUACAAGAGCUAAAAGUAGUUCACAUCCAAAUAUACUGAGUGAAGAUGUAAUGAGGUCACCUGGUAAUACAUUUACUGAGGAUUUUGAGAAUUUAUCAGUAAGUAACACUGAGACAUUUUCUAUGAAUGAACCACAUAAGACAUUGAGACAACAAAAAAACAGACCUAUGUUACAAAGUAUAGAUAACUCUUCAGCUUCUGGACAAAGCACUGAUUACCAAGAACAUUCUCCACACACAGCUAGCAAUACUGGUUCUGAACAAUUUCAAACAAGUUUUGUCUAUAUAUUUCCUGAUAUCCAAAUCACAAUUUUUCCUACAGAAGAUCCUCCAAGUGAUGGCGUAGAUUCUCUAAUUGUGUUGAUACCAGAGACAAUAUGCAACAGUGAACAACCGUUUCUUCUAGAAGCGGUUAUAGUACAGGUCCUACAUAUGUAUACGUGUGCUGAAGAAGCACGUAGAAGUCAGGUAGAUACCCUCAGAAUACCUGCUUUCAGAAAUUCCAAUACUGGUUUUAAUGGCAGAAGUUCUACUGAAACUCCUACAAGAACAUCAGGGCAGGGAAUGACAGGAUGUGAUGGAUUCAGUAUCCUUACGGAUACUGGUAGUGAUUUACAGUAUACUGGCUUGCCCCAGGGUCAAGCAACACAAAAUGGAGAAUUACAGAAUAAAAGAGAGGGUUCCGAUAUAAACCCCAGUUUUGAACUGCAUUGUGGUGCAACACCUAUUUUUAACCCAAGUCUCAGCUUUAUUACUGGUUCGAGGAGUGGCCUUAAGCUCACUGCUAGUGCUCAUUCUAAUGAAAAUCCUAAAAUUGGUUCAGUGAUGCCUGAAGACCUUAAUGAAAGGCAUGCGUCAUUAGGCCCACAAACACAGCCCCAACAUGAAAGUCAACAUUCACACUUGGAAAUAUUUAAUGAAACUGAAGCCUUGCAAAUCUUAGGUGACCCAUUCCUUAGUGAUGAAAGUAUUUUUCUCCCACCUCCAAGGCUUACAAAACAACAGAUUGACAACUUGCCAGUAAGAAUAUUUGAUAAAACCAAGGCUGUGGAGUUCUGUAGUAUGUGCCUUACAGAAUACACAGAAGGUAGUGUGAUCCGCACACUGCCAUGUUCACAUGAAUUUCAUGUUCAGUGCAUUGAUCCUUGGCUCCUGGAAAAUUCUACCUGUCCAAUUUGA